GGCAUGAAGAGCGUGGUCGCGUUGCUGAUCGUGGCCGUGGCCGGUAUCGUCCAUGGGCAGAUACCCAGCCUGGGCUUUUGUCCUGAGUACCUUCCGAUGGUCGGAUUUGACAUGGACAGGUUUUCUGGCAUUUGGUACGAAGCCGAGCGAUACUUUCAAUUGACCGAAGUAGCAUCGCGUUGCGUCAUGUCAAACUACACGAAAGGACCCGAUGGCAAAUUCCACGUUGUUAAUGAAGUUACGAGCCGAUUCACGGGCAUCAAACGAGUCCUCGAGGGUGAAAUACGAAAAGCUCCCUCAAAGGCCGAAGAGGGCAAACUUCACGUAAAGUACACCACGGUACCGCUUAUUCCCCUCGAGACCCAAUACAACGUCCUCGAAACCGACUACGACAACUACGCCGUUCUCUGGAGUUGUUCCGGAGUCGGUCCAGUUCAUACCCAGAAUGCCUGGAUUAUGACGAGGCAGCGACUCGCGCCCGGCGAAAUUCUCCAAAAGGCUUACGGCGUACUCGACAAAUACAAGAUCUCGAAGGUGUUCUUCGUAAAGACGAACCAGGAGGACUGCGCUUACCUCGACAGCCUCCAGGCCGAGCAGGCGAUCAAGCCUACGGAGCCCUUGAGGAAGCCUCAGAUCGCCGACGUUGAUAACGAGGACGAGGAGGAGGUGUCCCAGUCGCUGGCCAGCAAGAGCGCGGCCGAGAUCAGGCCACACAUCACUCCUGACGCACCGGAGGCUAUAAUAAAGACGCGCCGAGCCGAGAUCGACGCCCAGGAAGCGAUUGCCGCCUCCGCCUCUGCCUCCGCCUCCGCCUCCGCCGAGGCUGCUCAACCCAUCGUAGCAGUAGCGGAGGAGGCCGUGAAGUCGGUGCCGGAGGUUAUACUGAAGAUCGCGGACCAGGCGAAGGAGGUGGGGCCGGUACCGGUUCUCGAGCUGGUGGAGCAGCGGCCGGUCGUCGCCGUGGUCGCCGAGGAGCCCAAGGCGAUCGCAUCGAUCGCCCUCGUGGAGCCCGAGAAAUCGGCCGAGACGAAGCUGGAGAUCACCGAGGAUAAGAUCGGGAUCGUUAAGACUUGAGUCGACGACUAGCGGGCGAGGGAGGGAGGGAUGCUCGUGGGAGGACCUUGUACCGCCGAUGCGAGCGUCUCUGCGAUAAACUGGCGCGAUUCCUCUUCCACCUCGCCCCUUCCUUUUCCUCUUUCUCCCGACAUCGGCCCCUUUCUCCCUUCCUCCCUUC